GUGGUGGCAAGACAAUGCGAGAAGAGCACGGCCACUCCGUCCUGUGCCCAGGCCAGUCGUUACGCGUCUUCUGUCGGGUGCACACAUCACCGGACUGCCCGUGUUAUCGUGUCCGUCGUCUUAUUCGCUCAAGUUCGUCUCCAAUUUCAGCCAACGACAUCUUUUUGUUGACGGCCGAGAAGGAUGAAACGGAUUGUUUUCAUCUUCCUUAAUGUCCAUCCCAAUUGAUUGAUUCAGUUUGUCCUUCCGUGCGCUGCUUGCCGGACCCGCCCGCCCAGUUUGUCGUCUCUGCUGACUUGUCAGUUGAAAAGAUACAAGAUCUUGCGUGUGUGUUAUCUUGUAUAGUUAAGAUGCAGCUAUUUGUGUCACCAGCGGAGGCGGUCGGAGUGGGCGCCAGUUGGGGUGAGCAGAUGAUGGCCAUGUUGAACCAGACCAGCAACCUCAACGAAACCGACUGGACCAGCCUGGAAGAAGAUUUCCUCUUGAUGAUGAUGAACAAAUCGAGUAGUAGUAUUGGUACUGCCGCGACAACUUCUCCGGCCUCCAUCCAUCCGGCGGCCAAGCUCUACUGCGGAGACGGGCUGGAAGCCUUCCGCAAAUCCUAUCUCAUCAUGCACGGCUACAUCAGCCUGGUGGUGUGUCUGUUCGGCAUGCUGGCCAACACGCUCAAUAUCAUCGUCCUGACCCGGAUGGACCAGCGCAUCUCGCCCACCAACGCCAUCUUGACCGGCCUGGCCCUGGCCGACAACCUGGUCAUGAUCGAGUACAUCCCCUUCACCAUGCACAUGUACAUUCUGCACGGGCGGCCCGUCUACGAGCGCUUCAGCUAUCCGUGGACCGUCUACGUCCUGAUUCACGCCCACGUAACUCAAGUCUUUCACACCAUUUCCAUCUGGCUGACCCUGUUGCUGGCCGUUUGGCGCUACCUGUCCGUCGCCCAUCCGCUGCGCUCGCGCGACUGGUGCACACUCGACCGCGCCCUCCUGGCCAUCCUGCUGGCCUACGUCGUCUCGCCGCUGGUCUGCAUCCCCAUCUACCUGACUUACACGAUCCAGGAGACGCCUUACCAGGUGCCGCCGCCUCCGCCCAGCAACCGCAGCGCUGCCGCCCGGCUGCUGGCCAACGCCACUGGCCAGCAGCAUUGGCUGCUGGACGAGCAGCAAAAGAACCACACGCUCUACGUUCUGGGCACGAGCGAAUUGGCCAGGGCCAACGACAGUCUCCUGGAGAAUAUCAAUUUCUGGACGUACAGCGUCGUCGUCAAGCUCAUCCCCUGCGUGGCCCUGACCUUUUUCAGCUUCCGGCUGAUCAGCGCCCUGGUCAGCGCCAAGGAGCGACGCCAGAAUCUCAAGAGCAAUAACACCCACUCAUCAAAGAAGAAUGCCCUGGCCAGCAGCGCAAUGGGAGGCAACGACCCGGAGCAUUCGGUGUCGGCCGUCGAGAGACACAACACGUCCAGCCAUCCGGCGGCGACAGGAGGGUCGGGAAGUGGAUCGGAGAAACACGACCGGACUACCCGGAUGCUGUUGGCCGUUUUGGUUCUGUUUCUGGUGACUGAAUUCCCGCAGGGCAUUCUGGCCCUCCUCAGCGGCAUCCUGGGCGACGCUUUCUUCACCAACUGCUAUCGCCACCUGGGCGAACUGACGGACAUCUUGGCCCUCAUCAACGGCGCCAUCAACUUCCUGCUCUACUGCGUCAUGAGCCGCCAAUUCCGGCAGACUUUCAGCCGCAUCUUCCGCCCGCGCUUGCUCGACAAAUGGAAGUCGGUUCCGCUGGCCACGGCCAGCAACGUCGCUCACCACCGCCCGGCCAACUCGUCGGCGGCCAUCAAUAAUCAGAACAACGCCCUGACGGUUCUGCCGCUCCCGCAGCUGCAGCAAAAUCAGCCGCCGCAACAUUCUAUCGUCAAUCUGCUCAGUCCUGAUCCUUGCCCAGUGUGAUUCUCUCUUCCUCCCUCCCUCCUCCGCAUCUAAAUCAUUUCCCAGGACGUAGAGAGUUCCAACAGCAGAGGUUGGUUAUAUACGAACUGACAUUUCCGCAUCUUGUACGCUGCACUGCUUUUGCCCAUCUCCCAGCAGAUGUGUAUGCCAUAGGCUCCAUCCCUCGCCCAAUGCGCACGAACGACAACCUCGUGAAACCAUGCAUCGAUCUCUUCUGUCACGAGAUCCAUUCAGUUCGGUUCAAUUCUAAAUAAUUAAUUUUUGUUGUUGUUUUGGCUUUCAUUAUAAUACGAAUUGUCUCAGCUCGUUUACUCAAAACCCCUCCCGAGAUGCACACCAUUUGACAUUUAGAUCUUUUUUCAUUGAUAAAAAUAAUCUGAUAUUAUUCGCCAGUGUUUAUAUAUAUAUAAACCCCGUGUCUGUAAAUAGAACAAUCUGCGCUCGGUUUCCAGGAAACGUUUGUUCGGUUGGGUUGCGAAUGGUUUUGGUGUUUUCGGUCGCGCGACUGCCAACUCAUCCCAUCCCAGCAGAGAGAGAGGUAAUAUACAUAUAUGAAUUUGUGUUCAGUAUAUACGUACAUUAGACACGCACAAGUAUAACCCGCAUAGUAUAUAUCUGAACUUGUUAUUGAAAUGAUUAUUAGUGCUGGAUUGAGAAAACGACUGAGGAGAGUUGAUGUAUCCAAUUCAUUGAUUUCGACGUCUCAAAAUCAUGGCCAUGUUCGGUCUGUGCUCUGAUGUGCGUGUUGCCAAUGAAAUCCAGUCUAGUAGUUAUGUCUCCCUUCGACAGGUCUCAAGAUCUAUAAGAUCGUGUUUGAGGGUCUGUACGGAGUGGAGGUAUAAUAUUAUGUAUACACACACACACUGCUGGGUUGUGUGUGGUCGUUUCAUACGUCUGCCCGUCAGUUGGCUGUUGUAUAAUAUUGUAGACACACAUCAUUCUGCUGUCUCCAUUUCUCCAUCUGUCAGUAUGUCAUCGUUGGUAAAACAACCCAUCCACCACCAAUCCCCCACCCCACUGUAUAUCUCUCGCUGUAUUAUUACUACUAUAUCGUCAUGUCUGAUGUGUAGUCGUUAUAUUUCUCCCCCGGUUCCCUCUUCUCGUUGCUGAGCCCAGGCUGUGGAGAGAGAACAUAUAACAUCUCGAGUUUCAUCUGAAUAUAAAUACAUAUUAUAACGUAUAGCGGGGGAGGCGCACGCGCCAUACACACACACACCAAACACACACACACACAAUUAGCUAGUAUUAUACUAUAUUAUCUACAUAUAUUAAUAACUAUAUAGAGUCUAAUUAUUGUCGAGAUUAUUGUAAAGCGGUUGAAUGAUAUAUCGCGCACGAUCAAUACAUA